AUGAUCACUUAAUUAACCAUUCUUGCUGGGAUUAUGUAAUUUAGUAGGGGAUAUAUUAUAUAGCACUGUUCUGUAGGCUGAAUGUGCUCAACCAAUAAUGAAUCUUGUGAACCUGGAUCAAAAUUAUUAACAAAUCUCGGAGGAAUUUGAUUUCCAUUAAGAAGUGUCAUUCUCUUUUUGGUUUAAGUAUGAACCCAAAACAAAAAUUUAAACCUAAUAUUUUUAUGGUAGCUCGACCGAAAGCGAAUAAGUUGCGUCAGGGUCAUUACUAUUUAGACUUUAUGAAGAAUAAGCAAAAUUGUUCCGAAUAUUUACAUAUUUAGAUUCCAACAAUUAGAAUCUAUAAACAAUGAUAAUCAAUGCCGAUUAGAAUAUUUCCUCGACAGAAACUUUUAAUUUAAAUUUUUUAGAUGGAAUUUGGCAAUACAAAUUCUAUAAAAUAGUACCUGUUGAUAGGAAAAUAUAUCAUUUUAUCUAUAAUUAUAUGGUUUCGUCCUAUACAGUGAUCGAGAGUAGAUUUGACAUCGAAUAAGCAAAGAUUCAAUUGAGUAUAGGAGGUUAAGGAUAUGUAUUUUUUGAAUUUAAUUUAAGUUUUCAGAUUACUACUAAAAUUUGUACUUCAAUGCCUUUCCUGGAUUGAUUUCAUCCAUAAAUGUAUUUCAAGGAUCCCUGGACAUCACCAUCCCUUAAUUUAAGCUUAAUCUGGACACAUGCAUUUAAGGUGUCCUAGUCUGUACUCCGACUCAGCAAAAACUGAUUAGUGGCAUUUAGACAUCGUAAACUUAGAUUUUGAAGAGCAAUUUUAAAUUAGAGAAUACAUUUGAAUUUUAAGGUUGGUAUAAACUUUCAAUCAAUAAUGUACGUGUAAUAAUUAAUCCUUUUAGGCAAAUAAAAUUUAUCACAUGUUAUAAAUUAGAGAUGAAAACAUAACAACAUUUAAUAUAAUUGAUCCAAGAAAUUUGCUCUUAGAUUUGAGGUGUGUUGUUCUUGAUGGAGGACUGAAUGUCGAAAUAUAGUUGACACUCCAAUCCUAUGAAUAGCAUCUCUAUUAUUCAAAGGACGCAUAAGUCAAGGUGGACACUACAGUAAUUCUUGUAUCUUAAUGGCAUUUUAUUACAAUAAUGUACGAUAGAGAGCAAACUUAACAGACAGGAAUAGAUGUGUACUUUCCCUCUGCGAAUUAGAAAAUCGAGAAAAGAUACUUGAACCUAAUAUUAUUUUUCGCCGGAUCAGAUUUAUACUUUUAUUUAGGAUCAAAUAAUAAAUUAUCUUAAUAUUUUUCAGGGCAAAUUGGAGAAUCCAAAAUUAAUUCUUGUAUAAAAAGGCCUUAUGCUUUUGAAUUAUGUAAAAUAUUUUGAUUGAUGAUUUACUUUAGAAUGCGAUAACACUUGUAAACUUUGUGAUGGACCAACCUAAACUUUUUGUACACAAUGUGAAGCGACUGAUAAUCGUGAACUUUCCAAUCAUCAAUGCCUUUGCCAAGCCAAUUAUUUUUAAUUUGCCUUUCAAAGGAAAUGCAGAUGUAAUUAGAUUGUUUAUAAUUAGUAAUUUCUCUUGGAGACUUUUUUUCAAUCAAAGAAAAUAAAGAAGAUUAAAUUUAAUGUUAUUAUGGUUAAUUUUUUGUAAAUUACAAUGAGCAAGGGCGUUGCAUAGAUUGGUAUAAUUAAAUAUUAAUUAAUAUUAGUCCAUUCGCUCAAAUUGGUACUACAAUCCUUUGUGGAGACUGCUUCGAAAAUCAAUAAAACUGGUAAUAUAGUAUGAAAUGUACAUACAAAUAUGAAGUGAAUGAUCCUCUUACUUUGGGAUCAACCUAUAUGAGAGUGGAAUAAGAACCAUAGCAGUAUAUUAUGGACAUCAAUUCAGGAUCCAUCAAUAUUUGCAUAGGUUGCUCUGAUAUUUGCAAUGAAGACGAUUGUUAAUCUUAUAAAUAUACUAAUUUUGGUUAAUUGAUCAAAGUGAGAUGCAAAUCAAGUAAUCUAUACAUGCAUAAUUUAUAUAGACUAUUAUUUUAAAGAUGGGGAAUGUAGAUUAUGUGAUCAAUUCUGCAAUAUCUGUACAAAUCAAGUCUGCACUUAAUGUUAAUCCAAUUACUAUUUCAAUUCUAUCCUUCAGAAAUGCUUAUUGUCAACCAGUGCAACAUAAUAAUGUGGAUUCAAUUGUCUCAAGUGCACCUAUUAGGAGAAUAGUAACAGAUGCUUGAUCUGUUAACAGAAUUACAAGAUAUCCGAUGAUGGAUACAAUUGCGAAACCUAUGAAAUAACUGAUUGUCUAAAUGAACACAAUAAGUAAGGAGUUAGAUCGUCAAUACCUUACUUAUUUGAUCCCUUAACUCAACUUAUAACUCAACCAUAUUGCAGUUUCUGUUCCAAAAACAAUUAUGAUACAGUUGCUAAUAAAUGCACCACUGAAACACUUCCUGCUACUUGCAGUUAUUAAAUUGAUAAAACUAUUUGUUUAUUCGGUACAGAUUCAACAUUAAUAAAAACUGCAUGUACCUCACCAUGCACUAUGUGUAUUAAAGAUAAUGCAGAUUUUACUCAAGAAUUUUGUGUUUAAUGUCCGUAUGGGUAGUAUAUUGAUUUGCUUUCUGGAACUUGUUUACCAUGUCCCUCUAAUUGUAAAGAUUGUGCAUAUAAUUUAUUACCUUUGAACAAUAAUAGAAUUUCAAUCUCACUAAUUUCUUUCUAUUAAUAAGGACUAUUAAAGGAGUAUUUAGAUUCUUUACUCAAAAUACCCUAAGAUUUAUUUGAAUUAUUUUGUAAAGAUUGUCAAGAUGGAUAUGUUACCAAUAAUGGUGCUUGUAUUAAUGAAUGCCCAUCAAAUUGUUAAGAAUGCAAAGCAAUUAAUAAUAAGAAUGUAUGCAUUAAAUGUAUUCCUACUACUUAAACUAAUCUGGAUGCUAAUUGUUUAGAAUGCCCCUCCAAUUGUUUAGCCUGUUCUGAAAGGACUCAAGAAGAGAUCUUAAAAAUAAAUCCUUUUUUUGAUCUCUCAAUAUCCACAUUUAAGAAACAUUCAAACCAGUGCUACAAACCAACUAAAACUAAACCAGUGAUGUCUAAUCAAAUUGCAUUAGACUGCAAUACCAUUGAGAAUUGUUACAAGAGCUUUAAUCUUUAAAUAAACCUUUAUUGUUGGAAAGAUGAAUUUCUAGAUAAUGAUGAUGAAACUGAAGACUAUCAUAUUUACAAUUACUAUUUAGGCGAUUUCGUAAAUCAAUUCGAAUUAAAUUUCUUGAAUCAAUAAUUUUUAGAAUAGUUGAACCAAUUUUAAAUUUAACAAAUAUCAAUUGAUAUUAAAUUAAUAUCCAGUACAGGAGACUGCUCUUUUGAUAAUAAUAAGUUUAUUUUAAAUUAGAAAUUCGUGAAAUACAUUUUUAAUCUCUAGAGGAUCAACGUUAAAUUUUAUUCUGAAGAUUAAUUGAAGCUCCAUUUGCCUGAUUUGCUAUAAUUGUAAAAUUAUUCAACUUUGGUUUUUUAAAAUAUAAUAUUCUUUGGAAAUAACAAUGUUUAAGUAUUAGAUGCAACAUCAUAUAAUUCCCAUUUCUAAAUUUAAAUUAAGGAUUGCUAAUAUACUGCCUUGAAUAAUGAAUAUGAGAAUAAUGCUUUCUAAUUCAAACUACAAUAAGUUUAGACCAUAAUCAUAUAGAACUUCUAGAUAACCAAUGUUAAACUGUUUAAUUUUGGAUUAUUUAAUCUAUCGAUUUUCACAACAGAUUUCAGUUUAGAAGUCAAUUAAUUGCAAAUAUUGGAUUCAACCUUAAAAAAUUUAAAUCUCUUUGAAAUUUCAAAUCCAUCAAACUUUGAUUUUAAUAUCAAACUUGAAGACAUUGAGAUGAAGGCUAAGCUUUUCAAUUCAUCCUUCCUUGUAACAAGAAACUCAAAUAAAAUGAUAGGAGUACUUAACUUAUUGUAGUUCAGUCUAAGUGAGAGUAAUCUAUUUGGAUCCAACUAUUUGUUUGAUUUAAGAACUAAGAUUUCAAAUUUAGUUGAUUGCUUUUUAGAAUCUAAUAUAUUAUAUAAUGAAACUUCUUUGAUGUAUUCCUAGGGAUUCAACUUAUAAAAUAUUAAGAUAACUAAAAGUAUUAUUUACUUUGGCACAUUCUUCACAAAUUAUGAUGAGAAUUACAAUUAAAUUAAUGAGGAUUUAGUAUUGACUUGGAAACAACUGUUAUUUGAGUAAAUCUCCUAUUCUAAUUAUAACUAAUUCAUCAUUUUAAAGAACAAUACUAAUACUUAAAUUGAUAUCUAAGGCUUCUCAAUAAAAGGAAAUAUUUUGAAUAAAGAUUCUCUAAAAAAGAGCAACUAUCAAAAAUCUUUGGUGUAUUUAGAAGGUAAAAAAUUGGCUCUUAACGACUUGAACAUUAUUAAAUUGACAGGAAUCAUAGAGUUGUUUUUAUAAUUUGAAUCAAUAGAAAUAAGAAAGAGCGUGAUAACUUAAAAGGCUGAAGCCUAAAUCAUUAUAUAGCCUUCCUUAUCUUGCUAAAAUAACUAUUAUGAUCUUCAGUUAUAUACACCUAUUAUUGAGAUUGUAAACUCAAGAUCAGUAUUGAUAGAUAGUUUAUAAAUUUCAAGUUUGAGUGUGGUUGAUAAUUAUAUGAUUGGUUUUGAAGAGAAUGAUGGCAAUAAGAUCACUGUGACGAUUUAAAAUAGUCAGUUCUUUGAUAAUAAUUUAUUAAUUGAAUCAUCUUCGGUGAAUUCUGGCAUCAUCAAAUUUAUUUCAAAUUCUGAAUCUACGAUUACAUUUCAGUAUAAUCAAGCAUCUAACAACAUCUUGUAUUCAUACAGUUCAGACCAGAAUUCAUUAUUAGGAACAGUCUUAAUGAUUUCCAAUCUUUACGGUUCUAUAGUAAUAAACAACAAUCAAUUCAUCAAUAAUUAAGCAAUAAAUACAACAUAUUCGAUGUCAUAUUUUUAUGCCUAAUAGGUAACUGUGAAGGAUAAUUCAUAUAAAAAUAAUAACUUUGAUGAUUUAGAAUUGAUUUAUAACAAAAUAAGUGAUUCAUACGGUGAGGAAGUAUAUAUCGAGCAAAUAAAGGAAAUUUACAAAAUAUUAUCGAAUGGAGGGAAUGGAUUUUACAGAGGAGAUAACAUCCUGAUUUAAAAUUGCAUUUUUGAUUCAUCAACUGCAUUGUAUGGAGGAGGACUAUACAUCUAAACUAUUAAUAAGGGGAGAAUAAACAUCAAUAACUGUCAAUUUCUGAAUUUAAAAACUGAUUUAUCUGCAAAUUUAGAAGGUAAGGGAGGAGCCUUGGUGAUAGAUGGAUCAGAUGCUGAAAUUUAAUUGAGAUUGUACGAUUGCAUAUUUGAUAAAGUAAUGGCAAAACUCUAUGGAGGGGCUAUAUACUUUGAUGCUUCACAGAAGCUUAACAAUAUAGAGAUGAAGAAUCUAAAACUUAACAAUGUGAUGUCUCUCAUGGGUUCGUUUUUCUAUGUGUAGUUCAGUAAUUAAGACAUUUCAAAUUUACUUGUAGACAAUCUUAUUUGGAAAAUGGAGUCAUCCGUUAUAAAGUAAUAUUUCGGGGAAUUCAAAGGAUUCAAAUCCGACUAUUAAACGUUAAUAAAGGAGAAGAGUAUGUUGGUGGUAACUUAGAAUGGGAAUAUCAAAUUGUAAAAUUUCAAAAUAUAUUCUACUUACUACUUUGGUUUGAUUUCAAUGAUAGAAUGCUUUCGUUGCACAGUUCACAACAUUUUAAUUUAUUAAGCCAAAAGAAUCUAUUAUAAUGCAUUCUACUUUGGGAAUAAUAACUUAUAUGCUUUAUCUUACAUCAUUCUGAAUCAAAUCUAUUUUGAUACUCUGACUGUUUAUCCAUAUACAUCUACUACUAACUGUUAAAGUCUUUUGGAUAUGAAAGUUGAAUCAGCACAUGUAAGCUGCAACUAGAAACAGUUUUUAAGAAGAGGGAUAUAGUCUGCGAUAUCUGAUACUAAGUUUUAAAACAAUGGGGAUUGCAAUUUAAAUUUGUUACUUUAAUACUCUUUCAACUCAGGAGGAGUAACCUUAAUGGAUCUCUUUCAUGGAUAUCAGUUGGAUGGGAGUAAGAUGUCUCAGACUUAACACAUCAAGAGUGUAACCGUACUUGCAAGUGCAUAUGAUUACUUGGAUACCUCUUUUGAAAUAGUAGUUAAUAUUUAUGCAAAAAAUAAUAAGACUCUGUUGAUUAGCGAUAUUUUCUUUAUCGAAAGCAGUGGGUACUAGCAUUUUAAAAUUUAACCAUCGAAGGAGUAACAGCGUUUGCUUCAACAAAGUAGUAGUUAAAGCUACGAAAAAUAUCCAAUCUACAUAGAGAAUUUUGUAAAUCAUUUAGGAAAUUACUGGUUGUAUUCAGGCUUGCUAAUAUUUAACUAUUAGGCAAUAAUUAAUAAUUUCAUCCUUACUAAUACAACUCAAGUAUAGUCAUAUUAGAUGGAAAUCAAUAAUGGAUUUGAAAAUUACAUUUUUUUUUCCAAUAUAUUAGUGACUGACAAUGUCCUAUAGAGUGUGAAUUUAUCGUACCCUCUGAGAACAAGUGUUAAUCCAAUAAUUCCUGAAUUAAUAAAUAGCAAUACAGUUAUCUUAUUCAAUUAUAGAAAAGACUAUUCGACGUUAUCAAACAUAGCCGAGUUUAGAGCCAGAAGAUUGGCUUUUAAAUAUGAUGGUGUUAGAUAUUUGAGAGCAGUGGAGAAACUGAAAACCGAUACAAAGAUUAUUGAAGAAAUUUAUAUAAAACCUUACAAAGCACCAGGUAUCACUAAUUUUACAAAAUAUUUGAUGCUACCUAGUGGGUAAAGCUUUGAAAAUUACUCUUAUUUUGACAAACUUGCCGAAACAUUCAUACCUUUGAAUAUCAAUAUGUCCAUUACGUUGAUGAAUUCUUAGUUGGAAAAAACAAUUUUAUUUUCUGGAGCCUAAUACAAUCUAACUGCAAAAUAUAGAAUAAUGAAUGAGUCAAAUCCUAUGGAAAAUACAACAUUUACUGAUCUCUUAACCAUCUAGGUGACUGAUUCCACCAAAAAUGAGAAAUUCAUUAAUGAGCUAGUUAUAGAUUUUGACCCCUAUGCAGACCCUUCUCUUUACUAUUAAUUAUCAUUUACUUGCAAUUUUAUUUAGAUUAUCUCAUACUCUGACUCCUUUCCAUAUAAGAUGAAAAACACAAUAACAGAUUAUGAAUUGAGAAUGAAUAUCAGAACUUAUAAAUGUUAAGUAGGAGAGUACAUCUAUUUGAAUUAAUGUAGAUAAUGUGAUGAUACAUAGAAUUAUUUUUAGGUUUUGGAGGGAUAAUCUUUCUGUUAUUUUAAGGAUGAUGUGAGCACAAUUCAAGUUUAGAGAUUCACUGUACAAAUGAAACCACAAUAUUGGAGAUAUGUAUUCAAUAGUACUAAAAUCGAAUAUUGUUAUCAUCUGCCUACUAAUUGUUUGGGAGGAUGGAAAUAUGGGGAUCAAACAUGCAUUGAAGGUCACAUUGGAGCCUUAUGUGAACAAUGUGAUCUAUAUAACACAAGAGGAGAUGGAUCUUAUUCAGUAAGUUCGUAAUAUAAUUGUGGAAGUUGCGCUGAUGUUAAAUGGAACAUCAUUAUUAUUGUGAUUAUUGCACUCUUGUAAACUUAUUCAUAUAUCAAAUAGCACCUUAGUAUUGGGGAUAAUAACAGUUAAGAGUAAUGCAGAUGAUACGGAUUCAUUCAACUUAUAAGUCAAAGCAUUGGAAGCCUUUGGUAUUCCUACUAGUAUUAGAAUCAUGUCCACAAUUCUGAUUAAGCUAUUAACCAACUAUGCCUAGAUUAUUUCGAGUGUUUUCACAUUUUAACUUACCCUUCCACCUGAGAUUCAGCAAUCAACUAAUAGUGUCGGUAACCCAACUCAGAGCAUGGUGUAUUCGCUAGAUUGCUUUUUGAUGACAAUGUCAGAUAUGACAAUCAUGUAUUUGGAAUUUAUUUGGAUGUUGGCAACACCCUUCUUCUUCAUUUUCAUCAUCUAUUUUAUCUAUUUCUUCAUAGUUGUGCUCAAAAUGUCCAAAUUCAAUAUGGGAGUUAUCAGUACCACCCUUAUAUACUUUUACAUCUACAUGCAGCCUAACUUGAUUUAGACGUAUCUCUAUUUAUAUUAUAUCAACCUAGUAUGAUAUCCCAGUUAAGUAGGAGAUCAAUAUCGGGAGUUGAGUUUGUCUAAGGAAAUGUAGCCUAUUUGUUUUAAUCUAAAACUCAUCAAAAGUGGCUUAUCUUUGUAAUAGUGCCUAUCCUCCUGAUCAUUGGGUUUGUAAUUCCUCUGACCUUAUGGUAUCAAGUCUUCAAGAAUUAAAGAAGAGGCAAACUCAAGGAAAUUUCGGUAAGGAAUAUCUGGGGGUUUUUAUACAAUGAGUACAAAAUCAAUGCUUACUAUUGGGAGACCAUCAAAUUAAUAUAAAAACAAACAAUCAUCAUAGCCCUCAAUUAUUAUGAAGAUUAAGUAAGUAUCAAGGCAUCCCUAAUACUUUUAAUCGUAUUUCUAUAUCACGUCCUAAGUAACAAAAUUAAUCCCUACUCCGUUGUUAAACUGAAUCGUUUAGAUACGUACUGCACUGUAGUCUGCUCCAUUUCUAUCAUAUUGUGCUCAACCAUAUAUUCUGCGUAAGUUGGAGGUUAAUAUGAAAUUGUGUGGCCAUUCUAUAUCAUCACAGCAGCCAUUAACCUGCUCUACAUUUUUGAGCUCGUCAUUGAAAUCAUAGUUUCAUAUUUAGCUCAGUAUCAAGAAUUGUUAGAUAAAUUAAAAACAUUGAUUCGAAAUAAGUGUCCUUACUUAGUUGACAACUACCCAUGUUUUUAGAAACUGCUAACCACAAAGUCAGAGAAACAGAGGAAGGUUAGAGAGAUUUGGAAGAAAGUUAGGAAGCCCUUAAUGGUAAAAGUAGCAAGAGUUAUAAAGGCAAAGGAGUAAGAAAUCAUCUAACUUUUAGAUAUACUGAAAAUCAUUCGCCAGAAUCUUUCUAUAAGAGACGUGGAGGAGUCUCUAGUCCUAGUCCUAUAUUUUCCUAUAGAGGUGAUGGAAUAAGAGGCGACAUGAUUGACUCUUAAUCCUAGUUGAAUAGUUCGAUGUAACGGAGAUAAAAUAUGAGUAAUCCUACUAUCAGGUUGGUUGAAACUCUCUACUAGCAAAGAAACGAAGAAGAAAAAUUAGACCCUCGAAACCAAAGAGACGAAUUCCAAGUUGCCGAGGAUCCAUUGAGUCCUCGAAUUGUUUAUCUCAGUCUCGGCCCAAAUACAAGAAGUGUACUAAGAGAAUGA